AUGAAGUCGCCAUCUUACAUUCUUGCCGUACUUCUUCCGUUUGCUUCGCAGCUGAGUGUGGCGACGCCGAUCGUGGAGCCUGAUUUCGACUCCCUUGAAAGCAGGGGCAACGGCAAGGGCUACGGAGACCACCGUGGAUACGAGAAUCAGAACGUUUGUGAGGUCAAGUAUCCUUAUCCAUACUACAAGUAUCCGUGCAACUCAAGCCCCUCAAACGGCACGUCUAUUUUGGGUGCUACCUUCACCUCUUUCUGCAAGUAUCAAAAUGGCGAUUCUGGAAUCUGGUACAGCGCCCCAAAGGGAUGGGUUAAGGAACAAGAUAAGCCUCGAAAGUGCCCCGGCGCGUCAAGCCCAUGCCCGGUGUGA